AUAACCUGUAAACACCUAAACGAGCAUUUACUACCGCACUUCUACUUAAUAUAUAGCAGGCUGGUGUGUCCAUGAACAUGUGGUUCCAUACUUCCUACAUGGCCCAUUGUUGUCACAUGGCCUGCUCUGCUUGAGCACCGCACACCUCACUUAGCGAGCGUGGCAAGGAGCGAGCUCCCUGCCUGCAGCACGGCCAUGGCGUCCACGGCGGUGGGUGGGAACGGAGGAGAUAGAGAUGGGGAGCACAAGAAGAGGAAGAAGGGAGGCUUUAAGACCAUGCCGUUCAUACUCGGGAACGACGUCUGCGAUCGGUUCGCCACAGCCGGCUUCGGCGCCAACCUGAUCACGUACCUCACGCAGCAGCUGCACCUGCCGCUCGUGGACGCCUCCAACCUGCUCACCAACUUCGGCGGCACCUCCAGCCUCACGCCCAUCCUCGGCGCGCUCGCCGCCGACUCCUUCGCCGGCCGCUUCUGGACCAUCAUCGCCGGCUCCGUCUUCUACCAGCUCGGCAUGCUCGGCCUCGUCGUGUCCGCGCUCCUCCCUUCGCUGCGCCCGCCGCCGUGCCCCGCGCCCCCGGGCGGCCCCGCGUGCCGGCGCGCCUCCGGGUGGCAGCUCGGUGUGCUGUACCUCUCCCUGCUGUGCACAUCCCUCGGCUCCGGCGGGCUCCGGCCCUGCGUCGUGGCCUUCGGCACCGACCAGUUCGACCAGGAGCCGCCGGAGGAGCAUCAGAAGCAGCAGGAGAAGCAGGGCACCAGCGGCGCCGAGGCAGUGGCGGAGCGGAAGCGGCGCUACUUCAACCUCUACUUCUUCACCAUGGGGGUCGCCGCGCUACUGGCGGUCACGGUGGUGGUGUACAUCCAGGACAACGUGGGGUGGGGGUGGGGGUUCGGGAUCCCGGCCGUCGCCAUGCUCGUCUCCAUCGUGGUGUUCGUGGUCGGGUACCCGCUGUACGUCCGGCUCAAGCCCGGGGGCAGCCCGUUCACGCGGCUCGCGCAGGUCGCCGCCGCUGCGUUCAGGAAGCGGAACGUCGCCGCGCCGGAGGACGCCGGCAUGCUGUACCAGGACAAGGAGCUCGACGCGCUCAUCUCCACCAACGGCAGGCUGCUGCACACCGACCAGCUCGCGUUCUUGGACAGGGCAGCGAUAGUGACGCCGGGCGACAUCUCCACCUCCGGGCAGCCGGACCUAUGGCGCCUGUCGACGGUGCACCGCGUGGAGGAGCUCAAGUCCAUCGUCCGCAUGCUGCCCAUCUGGUCGGCCGGCAUCCUGCUCGCCACCGCCGGCUCGCACAACGGCUCCUUCACCAUCAUGCAGGCGCGCACCAUGGACCGCCGCGUCACCCGGCGCUUUGAGAUCCCGCCGGCGACCAUGUCCAUCUUCGGGACCGCGGCCAUGCUCGUCAGCCUGGCGCUCUACGACCGCGCGUUCGUGCCCCUGGCGCGCCGCGUCACGGGCCUGCCGUCCGGGAUCACCUACUUCCAGCGCAUGGGCGUCGGGCUGGCUAUCUCCAUCCUCGGCGUUGCCUCGGCCGCGCUCGUGGAGACCAAGCGUCGCGACGCCGCGGUCCGGCACGGGCUCCUGGACGACCCGGCCGCCGCCGUCCCGCUCAGCGUGUUCUGGCUGGUGCCGCAGUUCGCCAUCCACGGCGUCGCCGGCGCCUUCUCGUCGGUGGGGCACAUGGAGUUCCUGUACGACCAGGCGCCCGAGAGCAUGCGCAGCACCGCCGCGGCGCUCUUCUGGCUGGCCAGCUCCAUCGGGCACUACCUGGGCACGGUGCUCGUCACGGCGGUGCAGCGCGCCACGCGGGGCCGCGGGGAGUGGCUCCAGGACAACAUCAACCGGGGCAGGAUCGACAGCUACUACUGGCUCGUCACCUGCCUCAUGGUGCUCAACCUCGGCUACUACAUCGUCUGCUUCCAUUUCUACACCAUGAAGCCGCUGGAGGUGGCGGAUGAACACGGCGACCAUGACAAGGAGUGUGAGCUCUCCUCUAUCAAUAAAAAUGGCGCCGGUGCCGGAGGUUUGGUGUGACGUUGAUUUGCGGUCAACUAAUUGGGGUGGAUAUAUAGUUGUUAAUUAUGAUUAGACAGCUGCUUGGUCAAAGGAUUAUACAAGUUGUAAAGGAAAUGGUGCUGAGAUCCAAGUGUGGUAAUCUCAGGUGUUGAUCAUCAGCGAAAAACAGCCAUGUUAAUCAAGUAAUUAUUGUGGCCAUCACGCAUGACAUCAGGCCAUGUGUAACGA